CCUACAAUCUAUGCAGCGGCGACAAUGUUUCCGACUACACGCACAGUCUCUCCAAAGUCAUCGUCAUCAUGCUUCAUGAGAGCCAACAGGAAGGUUCUGUGCACGAGAACCAGCUACCAAACACUGCACCUGGUACAGAUUCGGCGGUACCACAACCUACGGCGUCCUCGAGCACCACUGUCGCAAACCCUCCGAGCACUGGGCACCGCAAGUCUCGAAUCACCUUGGCCUGUAAACGAUGUAAGCGGAGGAAACAGCGAUGUGACGGGGCACGUCCGAGCUGCCAAGCCUGUGACAGAGCAAGACAGACGUGCACAUACGAGAGGAUAGUUCGUCCCCAGUACCCUGGUGGGAAGACUCUGUACAUCAGUGCUUUGGAAGAGCGGAUUGCCUUCCUGGAGGCUCGUCUUCCCGAUCAUGCCGAAGAUCAUUUCGAUAACAUUCCGGAAGGAACGCAGCAAGUUCCUUUCACAGCCAGACACCCGUCAUUCUCCAGUCGCCGUGAAUCACAUGCCGGUUCCAUCUCCGAAGAGGUGGAUUUCGAUGAGGGUACGUCACUCGUAGAUGGAGUGGCAUACCUCUCAUUGUGCGCUUCCGGCACGACCGAUACAAACAGAGAACCGUUUUACGUAGGCUCUAGCUCUGGAGCAACCAUCGCUCGUGUAAUUCAAUCCUCCAUAUAUCGUGCGUCGGGUAGCAAGCCGCCUGACCCUUCUGCGGCCAGUCGGAGUUUUAAUGCCCCAAGUACACCGACGCCAUCCGAACAGUCCAUCACCACUGGAUCGAAUGACUUUACUUCCGCCUUUCCCACCCAAUCGCAAGCGCGAAUGCUGUUCGACUUCUUUUUCGAGCGCAUUCACCCUCGCUGGCCACUGUUGGACCGUGCCGUCUAUGAGAAAGUUUUUGAUAAACAGUAUUUCCCAGGGGCGUUAUCAAUCACACAACGCAGCAUAUUGCACUUGAUCUAUGCCAUUACAGCUCGAUUCUUAGCUGUCACCAAGAAACCAUGUGGUGUAGAUGAUGAGCUAAAAGCGGCGACCGAGCCCAUGGAACAUAUACUUAGGCAGCAUGACCUUGCGACAGUUCAAUUCCUCAUCUUGCUGGGAGUCCAUGGCCAAAGAUCUCCUUAUGGUGCAGGAGCGUGGUCGCAAAUCAGAUAUGCGACUUCUGUGUGUAUUGAAAUGGGCCUCCACAGGAAGAGGGGCUCCUUGAACCCUGCUCAUAUCAGAGAUGCGGAGAUUCGACGUCGGGCAUUCUGGUCGUGCUACUGUCUUGAUCGAGUGACCAGCAUUGUACUUGGCAGGGCUUUCGCAAUUGCAGACCGAGACAUCAACGUAGAGCUUCCUAGUGCGAGUCCAGAAUUUUGGACUUUGACCCACAAAGAUGAUUAUGACACAAGCAUGGGCCAAUGGUCUAAUAUGCGGCCGUUUAUCCAUAUCAUCAAGCUCGACCGUAUCCAAUCCAGAAUUCACAAGGCCGUCUUUCGUGUGGACAAGGACGUGGUUCGCGGUACCCCGGAAGACCGGGCAAAGCUUGAUCAGAAGAUGUGCAUCAUAAGAGCGGACCUCGACGAGUGGAUACAAACUUAUCCCCAGACACCAAAGAACGACAACAGAAGUACCUGGAUGUACGAUCCUGAAAGUGCAUAUCUGGAUGCGCGUGACUUCUACGGAGUGCAAUAUCACAAGGCAGUUCUCUUCCUCUUCACUGUUUUUCUUCCGAUACUCGAGACAUCAGAUGAACGUUUUGUCACCUGUGCUCGCUCUGCUGCCAGUGUGUGCAACGCUUACAAGCGCCUCAGCCAGAACAAGACGUUAACAUACACCAUGAUCUCGCUACAUUCCUGUUUCGUAGCCGGCUUGACGCUUGUAUAUUGUAUCUGGCGCGACCGCAGACUCUUUUCGUACGAAGUGAUUGAAGCGACUCAAAGCUGCUCCCAGAUUCUGACCAUAUUCGGCGAGAAGUGGCCGGGAGCUGUCAAGUACCGAGAUAUCUUCGACGCACUCUCACAAAGUUUGUUCAAGUUGACCAUGAAGCCGACAGAGGUAGCGCCGCAAAGCAGAAGUCCCCCAUCAUUGCAGCUGAGCCUCGAAACCCAGUCAUUCUCACCUGGCCAUUCUUCAAGUAUCCUGAAAGGCAGCGGUGCGCCCGUGUCGCCCAAAGUGUCGCAAGCGGGAAAGCCGUCCAUGUCUCAUCUCGUAACGGAUGCAGUUAAAGAAGCUUUCAUGGAGGUUGACGAGGAAGCACCGGGAGGCUGGCAGGGGUGGAGAAUGUGGAACGAAAUGGUGACAGAUGACAGCGAUCCGAUGUCGCGUCCGGCUUUCGGUUUCAAUGGUGUCAAUCAAGAGUCGAUUGAGCCUGGCUGGAACGCUUACCAGGGUUCUGGGGUGUAUGGGAUCGACCCUGUCCAAGAUGCCGCCAUGCAGAUGGGCGCGGGUUUCGGGAUGGACCAUGGCCAAUGGAAUCUUGCUGACUACAGGUAA